UUAAGCUGUGAGUGUAGAAUAUUAGACAAGAUUUGGAAAUGGAGAUUCAAAUGAGUGAAGGUUUUUGGGUGGCAGUGGUACUGAUGCCAUUAGCAGCCUUGUUGUGGUGGUGGAAUGACUGUUGGUAUGCUCUUCCCUACCGCCGCCCUCACCUUCCUCCUGGCUACAUGGGGAUCCCCUUUCUCGGUGAGAUGCUCCCGUUUCUCUACUACUUCAAGCUUCUCCGCCUCCCUGAUGACUUCAUCAAUGCUAAACGGACCAAGUUCGGUGAUGGAGUUGGAAUGUAUCGGACACACCUCUUUGGUUCACCAAUGAUCAUCGCUUGCACCCCUUCCGCCAACAAGUUCGUGUUGCAGUCAGAGUCGAGCUUUGCGGUCAAGUGGACCAACGAGGAGCUUGUUGGAUCGACAUCUCUUGUAGCCGUGGAAGGCGACCCCCACACAAGGGUGAGGGGCCUUGUUAUAAAUGCUAUCAAUAAUCCCAAUGCGCUGCGUGAGAUCACUCUCAUGGUGCAGCCUCGCAUCACGGCUUCCCUCAAAUCAUGGUCACAAAGAGGUCGAGUCACGGUCUAUAAGGAAGCCAAGAAGCAGAUUGUAUUUGCAAACACUGCCAAGUAUUUUGCAAGCUUCGAGGAAGACCGUGUCUUGGACACCCUCGAUGAUCUAUUCACGGGUCUUCUUGGUGGGCUUAGAGCUUAUCCUCUCAAUUUCCCAGGAACUGCUUUCCACCAUGCACGCAAGUGUCGUAGGAAAGCAGAGGCCAUUUUCAGACAGGAGUUGGAAACAAGGAAGACGUCUGAAGCCUCGGUGCCCAAAAAUGAUCUGAUGGAGUCACUGAUGAAUAUGAAGGACCAAGAUAAGCAACUAAGUGACACUGAGGUUGUUGAUAACAUUGUGAGCCUUGUUGUAGCAGGAUACGUAUCAACUUCGCUCGCUGUCAUGUGGGCUUUAUAUUAUCUGGCCAAGUACCCUCAAGUUCUGCAAAAGCUUCGCGAAGAGCACAUGCCAAUUAGCAAGAAACUAAAGGGAGAUUUCAUUACAUAUGAAGAGACAGUAUCAUGCAAGUACACUGCUAAGGUGGUGGAAGAAGUGAUUAGAAUGGCCAACAUUGCAGCGUUUAUCUUCCGGACUGCUAAGAAAGACGUUGACUACAGAGGAUAUAGGAUCCCGAAAGGAUGGAAAGUGGUGUGCUGGCUUCGUUACCUUCACACCAAUCCAGAACACUUCGAGGAUCCGAUGUGCUUCAACCCGGAUAGAUGGAAUGAGGCACCAAAGGCGGGGUCGUAUUUAGUGUUCGGAGGGGGGCCAAGAAUCUGCGCGGGCAACAUGUUUGCGCGAUUGCAACUCACCAUUAUAAUUCAUCAUCUGGUUGUUGGGUACAGAUGGAGACUGAUUAAUCCUAAUGUGGGAAUGUCAUAUCUUCCUCAUCCCAAACCAGAAGAUGAAGUUGAAAUAGAUAUCUCUCAAAUUUGACUAUAAAAAACUCUUGCUUGCUUCCAAGCAUCUCUCAUUAUCUUGUAUCAUGAUAAUUAAUACUAUGUGUUAAGGAAGCACGAGUCACUUAA